AGUUUGCUUCAUUGUACAACUAGAGACAUUCGAGAACAAAGAUGAGUAUCAUUUAUGUAGUUUUAUCCCUUUCAGUAUUAGGAAGCGUUUACACAUCGCUUGCAUAUAACAAGAGAUUGCCACCAGUAGCCUUUGACUCGGCAAAUAGUGAUCUCCCUCAAAUGAAAUUUGAGACCAUCACUGUAACAAAAGGGCGAUAUGGAACCUAUAUCAAAGCUAACUUUAAAAUGAACAAAAACCAAUAUUUCGGCAGUGACUAUCAUUCUACAUGGUUUGUAGAUAAUAUUCCUGUGCAAUCUAUUUACAUUAAGAACAAGGAUUUCUCCGCCUAUGGGAGUUCAGUGAAGUCUGUUUCUGAUGGACGUUUGAUUUCAUUCGAUCUAUCAACUUCUUUGACGCCAAAUGAUAUUGCAAAAACAACUUUUAAAGUUAUUGUCAGAUACAAGCAUGAUGAUUUUUUACGCUUAAAAAAGAAGAAGGAAUCAAAACAUUUCUACAGCUAUCAGAACUAUGAAAUUACAUUCAAAGGUUCUGACUUGGGUUUCCCUGCAGUUUUCCCUUCACAAACAUAUAACUUUGAUGAUUUUGAGUUUUUCAUAGCUAAGCAAUCGAGUACAAGGAAAUACAGAGGCAUGUUUGGUUUCGACCACGACUCUGAAAGUUCUGUUAAUGAAAUCUCCACGUCGUUUGAAGGGUUCGAAAUCAAAACAAAACCAACCAGGUAUAUGAACGAUAUAGCCACACGAGAUGGUAAUACUACACUGCUCACCUAUUCAGAAAUCUCAGUUCCUGCAUUUUUAAACAAGCUUAAGGUUGUCAAUAUUGAUUUAGUGGAAGACACCAAGAGACGGUAUCAUGGUUUGUUAAAAGUAACAGUUUCUACAACUAACAGGUUAAACGUAGAUAUCAAGUAUGUUUUUGAACUAACGAGCUAUCUUUACAAUGGUUUAAGCCUCAAAAAGCCUUUCUUUCCUCUAACUGGAUUAAUCAUAACAAAUUUUGAGGAAAGUGGUGACGCAGAAAAGCCAACAUUAAUAUGCAGAGUAUUUGGUUUUAGAAAUGCCAAAGUUGAAUUAUUCCUACAAACAACAAAGUCUGAUGACAGGGUAGAAGUUACCAAGAAUGUUUACCCGAUCUACAAUGAAUUCGAAACAGUGCAAACUCUAGUCUUUGUUGAAAAAAGUGACAGACAGGCUGGGACAUAUUACUGUGUAGCAACUUGUUUAGACGGAGACAAAAAGUUCAAAGUCGAAAAAAGAAAAAAUAUGUUUUUGUAAUAAAUAUUUAGUACUUGAAUAGAACCUUAGCUUAAGGUUCGACUAAAAAAGAAAUUAUGAUAAACAAAUAAAACACAGUUGUAUAUGCGCGUCUUUUGAUUAUCUUUCUUGUUACACACCAGUAAUAAAUAUCAAGCUUACAUAGUCAUUAAAAGAGGAACGAGAAAACACCAGAGGAACAGUCAUACUCAUAAAUCGAAAAUAAACUGACAACGCUAUGGUUAAAAAAUGAAAAAGACAAACAGACAAACAAUAGUACACAUAACACAAACAUCGACGAAGCAAAUUAAAUCCUUGGUAGAACGAAUCGUAUGGGUG